ACAGCAGGUGCGGUGGAGAGAGAGAGAGAGUCCAAAACAGCAGGUCCGGGACAAGGUAGGUUCGUCCAGUGAACAGAACGUUUCUAUUUGAGGUUCUGGGCCUCUACACUAGUGUAAACAUCUGUCCCGGUCCAGAGAGACAGAACCUGUGGCGGCAACAGGAUGACAGAUGGGAGAGAGGGGUGUGUGUGUGUGUGUGUGUGUGUCUUAGCUCACACUCUUCUAUCUCUGACAGCUCCACCAAACAGUUGUCCUCCACCUCCCAAAAUAACCUCCAUUCCACAGCCUUAUAUGUCCAUCAGCAACUGUGUUACCCUCCAGCCCCCAACCCUGCUCCGAACUCUGUCUGUGCUGAGAAGGCAUCAUAUAUCCAGACAGGACAAUACAGUCGCUUUGCUGCUGCCUCAUUGUAGCCUGGUGGCAGCUGGUCAGUGGUAAACUUUGGGGACUCGAGGAUUAGACGAGGCCCCUCUAUUUUUCUUCUCUCUGUCCAUUGGAGCCUGGUCAGCCAGUCUUUUCUGUGUCUGUCCAUUGGAGCCUGGUCAGCCAGUCUUUUCUGUGUCUGUCCAUUGGAGCCUGGUCAGCCAAUCUUUUCUGUGUCUGUCCAUUGGAGCCUGGUCAGCCAGUCUGUCUGUGUCUGUCCAUUGGAGCCUGGUCAGCCAGUCUGUCAGUGUCUGUCCAUUGGAGCCUGGUCAGCCAGUCUGUCAGUGUCUGUCCAUCGGAGCCUGGUCAGCCAGUCUGUCAGUGUCUGUCCAUCGGAGCCUGGUCAGCCAGUCUGUGUCUGUCCAUUGGAGCCUGGCCAGCCAGUCUGUGUCUGUCCAUCGGAGCCUGGUCAGCCAGUCUGUGUCUGUCCAUUGGAGCCUGGCCAGCCAGUCUGUGUCUGUCCAUUGGAGCCUGGUCAGCCAGUCUGUGUCUGUCCAUUGGAGCCUGGUCAGCCAGUCUUUUCUGUGUCUGUCCAUCGGAGCCUGGCCAGCCAGUCUGUCUGCCGGCAUCUCCUCACCAUUCAGCUUUCUACCAUGGACACCAGCACCACCAAGCUCAUCCAGCCCGCUACGGACCUCACCAUCACCCAGUUGAACCAGGAGUGUCUCCUCCACCUCCUCUCCUACCUGGAUAAAGACAGUUGUAGGUCUUUCUCCCUGACCUGCCAUCGGCUCAGAGAGGUCUACCUGGACCCCAGGCUGUGGUCGCUGCUUUUGUUCCGCUCCCCCUCUGAGCUGAGGAGAGAGAACUACGUGUUAGGACCGUCGCUGCGUUAUCUGGCUGUGACCUGGCACAGCUCAAGGGUGAAAGUCUGUAACAUAGAGGACUGGAUGAAGAAUCAGUUCCAGAAGGAUCUCUGUAGCAAACAUGAGAGUUUGGUCAGCAGCUUCCUAGAACGCGUCUGUACCAUGUGUCCUAACCUGCUGUCCCUGACCCUGUCUGGCUGCGGUCAUAUCUCAGACCAGGAACUGAUCCGCGUUCUGCAGAGCUGCAGUCGACUCCGCUCCCUCCAUCUGGAGAACUGUGUCCGGGUCACUGAUCUUACCCUGCAGGCCUUGGCGCUCCACGGGGCCGCGCUCCACCAGGUCGCAGUGGACUUCUGUCGUAACGUUACCCAGGCAGGGCUGGAGACGGUCAGGGAAAGACGUCCGGACAUUCAUCUGACCGCUGAGAGGAGCGCAUGGAUGAUACCUGAUUGUAAACCGGACAAGAGGACGCAGCUACCGCUCAGACGGAGCCUUAUGCAGAAGGUCUUAAUGUUCUCCUGAUGAGACUACAGCUGUUUCUCUAUGGGCCCUGGUUAAAAAAAAGAAAAAGGAGUGCACUACAUAGGGAAUAGGGGAGCUAUUUACAGAUAGUGUGCCAUUUGGGAGACAACCUACUGCUGCAGAAGGUCCUGCAGUUCUCAUGAUGAGAGGCUAUGUCUGUGUCCCAAAUGGCACCCUAUUCCCUUUGUAGUGCACUACUUUAGACCAGAGCCCAAUAUGGACUGCAGACUACUGCUGGAAGGGUCUUCCGUUAUCCUCAUGACCAUAGACUUAACCACAGACAGCUGCUUCUCAAAUGGUACCCUAUUCCCUUUGUAGUGCACUACUUUAGACCAGAGCCCACCCUAUUCCCUAUAUAGUGCACUACAUUUGACAAGGGCCUAUUUGAGCUCUGGUAAAUAGUAAUGCAUUAUGUAGGGUAUAUAUUUGGAACACAGUCCAUAGUUUCACCACUAGGAGGCAGUGUUGAAAUGCCUAAAGGUGAAUGGCAGGGUUACUGUUGAAUUGUUUUGGACUUCAGUCUUAUUGACAGGAGCAAAAAUAGUUUCGCUUUUCAAUUGAAAGUGCCAAUUAUUAUCAUUUUUUAAAAACUUUAUACAGAUUUUUAUUUGAGGUGUUUUUAAACUUUUUGUGUGGUUGGGUUUUGCUGAUUUUGUUUUAAUGAACACUAACUGAAUGUCAGCCUCUCAACGUUAUAUAAACUGAGUCAUUCACA